UUGGCGGGAUGGAGAACUGCCUGUGCUUCCUCUAUCUGUUUAUGGUGCAGUUGCCAUGGCUCACAGUGGCGUUUCCGAGGAGUACUCAUCACCAUAUCAGUUUUUCUUUUACCUUUAUGAUAAGAGAAGUGCUGGCUUAGGUGGGUUGUCUUUUGAUGAGGGCCAGUUUUCUGUCUUUGGAUACACAACUGUUGGACGAGAAACUCUUCCUACGAUUAAAACCGGGGAUCUGAUUCGAUCUGCAAAGCUAGUGGAGGGUCAAGAUCGCCUAGUAUUCCUGGUUGAGAGUUAAUCUACUGUCUUUGUGGACUGGAAUGCUCUCCCAUUCUUUUGAAUUUAUUGUCAACUUCUCAGAUUCAUCCUAGUUUUCUGUGCAGGCUUUGCCGUGAAGUUCCAGAUAGUAGAUUGCUAAUUUCUUCAUGUGGAAUUAUGCCUGUAACUGAUAUUUUUGGCUCUUUGAUAACUAUGGGAAAUGUUGCCAGCUUAUAGCUUUUACAUCCCUUUGAAAUUUGCGCAAGCAUCUGAUGUAAACUGUUUUUUGAUUUUUGGACAUCCAAUGUAGCUAACUUCAUUCUUCUUUCUGUUUUUCAAUUUUACUAAAGUCUUGUUCA